UCUGUGCCUGCUCCACCGGUGGCGACAUCCGGAGAGGAGAUGGCGGCUAGAGGGGGGUUUCAGUCGGCACCAACGGGUGGUGGUAGUGGAGCAAUGGGACCUGGACCGCCUGUACCUGUUGCAGGACCAGGAAUGGGGCCCGGGACUCCCUCUGGAAGAAUGGGACCAUCGUCGGCCGCGCAGAACCACAUGUACCGCUCUCCGAUGCCCGGGCCUGGCUACCCGAGGCCAGGAAUGCCUCCAUCCAGUCGGAUGACCCCACAGGGACCAGCUAUGGGGCCCCCAGGAUACGGCAGCAGCCCUGUGUCUCGGCCUGGGAUGCCUGGUGUGAUGGACCCGUCUCGAAAGAGACCGGCCCCUCAACAGAUUCAGCAGGUUCAGCAGCAGCAGAACCGCAACCAGCACACUAAGAAGAAGAAGAUGGCUGAUAAAAUUCUACCUCAGCGGAUCAGGGAACUGGUCCCAGAGUCUCAGGCUUACAUGGAUCUCCUGGCUUUUGAGAGAAAGCUGGACCAAACCAUUAUGCGCAAAAGGCUGGACAUUCAGGAGGCCCUGAAGAGGCCAAUAAAGCAAAAAAGAAAGCUUCGGAUCUUUAUAUCCAACACCUUCAACCCUGCAAAGCCGGAUGCUGAAGAUGGAGAGGGCACAGUUGCAUCAUGGGAGCUCCGUGUUGAAGGGCGUCUGCUGGAAGAUACGGCUGUGUCCAAGUAUGAAGCCACCAAGCAAAAGAGGAAGUUCUCGUCCUUUUUCAAGUCCUUAGUGAUUGAAUUGGACAAAGACCUGUAUGGUCCAGAUAAUCAUUUGGUGGAAUGGCAUAGGACUGCCACCACCCAGGAGACUGAUGGUUUCCAGGUGAAAAGGCCCGGUGACGUGAGUGUUCGCUGCACCGUCCUGCUCAUGCUUGACUACCAGCCUCCUCAGUUCAAGCUGGACCCCCGACUGGCCCGUAUGUUGGGUAUCCACACCCAGACCAGACCUGUCAUCAUUCAGGCCCUUUGGCAGUAUGUCAAGACCCACAAACUCCAAGACCCACAUGAGCGCGAGUUCAUUAAUUGUGACAAAUACUUGCAGCAGAUUUUUGAAACCCAGCGAAUGAAGUUCUCUGAAAUCCCACAGCGCUUACAUGCAUUGCUGAUGCCCCCAGAACCAAUCAUCAUCAACCAUGUGAUCAGUGUGGACCCCAAUGACCAAAAGAAGACUGCUUGUUAUGACAUUGACGUAGAGGUGGACGACACUCUGAAGACCCAGAUGAACUCCUUCCUGCUCUCUACAGCAAGUCAGCAGGAAAUAGCAGGAUUGGAUAAUAAGAUCCAUGAAACCAUUGAGACCAUCAACCAGCUGAAGACCCAGAGAGAGUUUAUGUUGAGCUUUGCCAGAGAUCCUCAGGGCUUUAUCAAUGACUGGCUUCAAUCCCAGUGCAGGGACUUCAAGACAAUGACAGAUGUGGUAGGAAACCCAGAAGAGGAGCGAAGAGCAGAGUUUUACUACCAGCCCUGGGCUCAGGAGGCCGUCUGUCGCUACUUCUACUCCAAGGUCCAGCAGAGGCGCCAGGAGCUGGAGCAGGCGCUCGGCAUCAGAAACACCUGAAGAAGUUUGUCUUCAUUAAGCAAGAGAUGCGACAAGAUGUUCUGCUGAGGACAACUAAUGUGUGUUUGUGUGUGUGUGAGGGAGUGUGUGAGACAUUCAAACACAAUUGCUCAGUUUUCUGACAAACUUAGAGAGAAAUAGAUUUUUGAUGACUUUACUGUUAAAAUGUCAGCUUUUCUUUUCCACCUUGCAGCUUUGCAACUUUGUUUGGUUUUAUACUUUGACUUUUUCUGGAAAAUUCGUUUUUUUUUUUCUUCUUCAUAGCACAGCUUUGAGCACACUUUAUUUUUUCUCCCUCCCAGUAUUAUAUCUUAGUCUGAAAGCAUUCCUUUAAUUUUUAAAAACACUGUCUCUACAAAAGAUUGUACACAUGAAAAAGUAGAAGACAGAUUGUAUCUUGAAACUUUUAAAGUGGUACUUUCUUGGGACAGAACAAGAUGUGUUGAGCCCUCUAUGGCUCCAUUUUCUGGAGAAUAAAACUACAAUUUACACUUUAAACCAGCCCCCACAUGCUUGCCUGUUAGGUUGCUAUUGAUUGUGAUUGUGUUUGUGAUCAGUUGGAUUUCUUUGCUGCCUGUUAACUGUUCACAUGUCACUUCGUACUUAGUUGUCAUUGCUUUUUAACUGUCACAGUGUAUGAAAAGCUCCAACACAGCUUGACAUACGCUGCUGUGGCAAAGCAAUUAUCUUUUGUUAAUGUUGUCAUUUGGUAUGAAGUUUUCUAGUUUUGUCUUUUCCUUGUUCUUGCCAUCAAUGAUCCUUGUUUUGAAAAUAUGUAUUAUACCAGUACUUGUCUUGUUAGCUAGUACAAAUUACCAUGGAAGUAGCUUGUAAGAGUACCUCUAGUCUAUAGUUUUGUAAAUACUAAGCAGGUAAAUGCAGAUGGAUGUUCAGUUGACCUGUAUCACUAAAACUGGCUGAUAUCUUUCUUAAGUCUUUGUAUACUCUGCAGAUAGUUGAAGCAGUAUUUAUAUUGAUCAGCCUUUGUUCUCAGAGGGGGGUGAUUUGGCUCCUAACAACGUAAAGUUGCCCGUCACAUGUAACAUACCACCUCUCUGUACGGCAGCCUUAUGUCGCCUUCAGGCUCAGAGUUCAGACUUAUGCGUUUUUAGUUUUAUGUGAUUUUACUGAUGUGCAGAGAAGCCAUAAACGCACGUGGCAGAGCAAAUCUGAAAACUUGUAGUUUUCUUCGUACACUGACCGAAGACCAGGCAUCUGUGGAUUUUGUAGUAGUUUCCCUCUUGGAAGUAAUUGAAACUUUGCCAUGAGUUGAGAAUAUUCAAGAAUACACUAAUAGAUUUGGGCAGGAACAUGAGUUUAAAGCAACACUGGGUAGAAUUAUGUGAAACUGCAGACUUUUUUCAUGGACCAAACUUAUUUUUCUGUAUGUUCUUAUGUUAUAAUAAAGAGUAUGUAAAACAUUUAUGUUUCCAAGUCUUUAAAACUAUCUUAGUAUUGGUCAGAAUUUGAUGGAAGCUGAAGAUUUUUUUCCUUAUCAAAUUAUCUGGCAGAUA